CGCCUUCUGCCGAAUUCCGAGAAAUGAUGGGAGAUUUUGUGGCAGCAAGUGAAAUCUAUGGUGGAGAUGCCAGAAGAACUUGUAUUAAAAAUGGAGUAGGUGCCACGAUAAAGGAAGGAGCACAAGAAAAGCUUCAAAAUCCAUCUCAAGCAUCAGCAAAGGAAACGCAAUCAGGGCCACUAAUGACCAAGAAAUUCCUGAAAGACCUUUGUAAGCAGCACAAACUUUACUCAACACCUUGCCUGAAUGACACACUGUAUCUGCAUUUCAAAGGUUUUUCCACCAUUGAGAAUUUAGAGGAGUACACGGGACUGAAGUGUCUCUGGCUGGAGAGCAAUGGGCUUCAACGCAUUGAGAACCUGCAUGCCCAGACUGAUCUGCGCUGCUUGUUCCUUCAACAGAACCUCAUAUACAAGCUGGAAAACCUUGAACCCCUGAAAAAGCUCUGCAGUCUGAAUGUCUCCAACAACUACAUACGCACCAUAGAGAACAUCUCCUGCCUUCCUGACCUCAGCACUCUGCAGAUAGCCCAUAACAAGCUGGAAACUGUGGGUGAUGUAGAACACCUGAGCCAGUGUCUGGCCAUCAGCGUGCUGGACAUGUCCCACAAUCUGCUAAAUGACCCUGAGAUCAUCACUGUACUUGAGGCCAUGUCAAAACUGCGAGUGCUAAAUCUAAUGGGAAAUGAGGUAGUGAAAAAAAUCCCAAACUACAGGAAGACCAUGAUUGUACGCCUGAAGCAGCUCACCUUCCUUGAUGAUCGCCCUGUAUUCCCCAAAGACAGGGCAUGUGCAGAGGCAUGGGCUGUGGGAGGGAUGGAAGGGGAGCGUAAAGAGAGGGAACAUUGGGAAACAAGAGAGAGGAGGAAAAUUCAGGACAGCUUGGAUGCCAUGGAAAUGAUUCGAAACCAAGCCCUGGAAAGACAACGCUUAAGAGAUCUCCAGGAGAAAGGGGAGACUGAGGUUUCCACCACUCCUUAUGAGCAAAAUGACACCCAAUUUGUGACUUCAUCGCACGAGGCGAAACUCCAAGCCUGUGUGCAGGACACCCUGGAUGCCCAUGAGGAGUUCUUACAGAGUCAAACAACACAGUGGCCCAGUGAUCAUCAGCCAAACUGUGAACAUCUAGACGCAGAGCCGCCAGAUCAAGACUUGCAGAAAGAGCAGUUAGUAAAAAACAACCAACUGCAGUCUGUGAGAGAACAGAAAGAAGGAGGGAAUCCUGACCUGUCUGCAAGAGAGGAAGAGAGCACAACAGCAGAGAUGUUACAAAGAGGGCAAGUAGAAAUUCAAAGUAACAAACAACAGAAACAUUCAGGUAGAAUCCAGUUUAUACUCAGUGAAUCAGAGAAUGAGCAGGGAUGCAUGCUAGAGAUAAAGAGUGAGCAGUGUGAGAAGAAACAACCUCAUUUGGUCAGGGAAGCUCCUCCCAAAGGAGAUGAGGUGGCACCAGUACACUAUCCUGGACCACUGGUGACAGAGCUACAUCCUCUGGAUGUAAAGCAGCUGGAAACUAUUCACCUUCCACUACAUCAGUCACUGUGUAUUGAUGACUUGCCUGAUCUGGAGGAUGUGGAUACAGAAGACUUCACUGCAAUGGUCUCUUCUCAGCAAGUGGUCAGACCAAAAAUAGAGGUCAUAUCAGGAAGCAGCGAUGAGUCACUCGGGAGUGAGAGCGAGGUCACCCCCAUGUUUAGUCCAAACAAAAGUUCAUUGUUCACUGAGGUCUCUAACAAUUCUUCAUCGCUGUUGUAUCCAGAAGAUUGUGUUGUCCUUGAGCCACAGAUAUUUAAACCUGUGGGAAAGUCCAAGUCCUCUCCAUCAAGCUGCCUGAUUGAGGAGCUGGAUUGAUGCUUUCAAGAUUUAAACUAAUAUCACAGGACACAGCUUCAAAUAUUUAUUUUUUUUUGCAGACAAGUAGCAGACAUUUAUAAACCUGCUUUAACUAAAAAACGCUUAGCUGUUUUAGUGAAAGGUAAUGAACUGUCAUAUUUUAGUAAUAAAAUAUCAUAGCCAUUUUGUUUAUAUGGUUGUUAAUUUUAAAGCUGUGUUGAAAAUAUAAUUCUUCUUUGAACUGGUAAUAGUUCCUGUUGGGGUUAUACUAGCCCUGUACCUUCAAGUCAGUUUACAGUGCAUCUGAAUUAAAAAAAAAAAAAAAUCCUACAGUAAUAUUCAUUUAUUUAAGAAAUGAAAACAUUGGCAUUAGGCAGAAAUUAUGAUUCAAAAUAUAGAGUGUAAACAAAAAGAAAAAAAAACAAGUUAAAUUUAAGACAAUGUCAGGCUAAUAUAAUGUUCUUUCUUCAAAUAACAGCAAAAUUACCAUGAUGAGUGCAUUUCAAUAAAAAUACAGGACAACACUUCAUAUAUAUGGUUUUACUAAAUUGUAUUACAUUUAUUACUCUCUCUGCAAUAAAUAUACGUGAUACAUCUCCAUUUUCCUAUUUUGGUAAACUAUGCUAUGCUGUAGCUCUAGAUGUGUUCUUUCCAAAGCUCUGAGUGACAUAUUUACAACAAGUCAUGCUUAGCAGCAAGCAAGAGGGUUUGGAAUAAAAACAAAA